AUGAUCUGCAGAUCGGCUCUGUCGAGAGGCAGCAAGCUGGCCCUCGGGCGCCAGGGAGCCCGCGGUUUCGCUGCUGCUGCCUCACCCAAGGCCUCGUACGAGCCCACUACCAUCGCCGGCGUCAAGGUUGCUUCCCGAGACGACAAUGGCCCGACCACCCGCCUCGCCGUCGUCGCAAAGGCCGGCACCCGAUACGAGCCCCUCCCCGGACUGACGGUUGGACUGGAGGAGUUUGCCUACAAGGCAGAGAACACCAACAAGCGCUCUGCUCUCCGCAUCACCCGUGAGGCCGAGCUCCUCGGCGGUCAAUUGACUGCUUACCACACCCGCGAGGCCCUUGUGCUGCAAGCCAGCUUCCUCCGCGAGGACCUCCCCUACUUCACCGAGCUCCUUGCCGAGGUGGUCUCGCAGACGCGGUACACCACUCACGAGUUCCACGAGGAGGUCAAGGAUAUCAUUCACCAGAAGCAGGCCAAGGUGGACGCCUCCGCCGUUGCCCUCGAUGCCGCCCACGCCGUCGCUUUCCACUCUGGCCUCGGUGCCCCUCUCUAUCCCACCCCAAGCACACCCAUCGACUCCUACCUGAACGAGCAGGCCGUUGCCGACUUUGCCGCCGCUGCCUACUCCAAGUCCAACAUCGCCGUUGUCUCCGACGGUGCCAGCGAGCACGGCCUCCAGAAGUGGAUCGAGCCCUUCUUCAAGACCGUCUCGGCCCAGGGCUCCGGCUCCCUCAACAACGUCGCCUCCAAGUACCACGGUGGUGAGCAGCGCAUCUCCGCCGUCGGCCAGAACUCGGUUGUUAUCGCUUUCCCCGGUGCCUCCCUCGGUGCCAGCAGCCCCGAGACUGCCGUCCUUGCCGGUCUCCUCGGCGGCGAGUCCACCAUCAAGUGGUCUCCCGGCUUCUCCCUCCUGUCCCAGGCUGCCGCCCCCGGUGCCCAGGCCAAGGCCACCAACUACGCCUACUCUGAUGCUGGUCUCCUCGCCAUCCAGAUCAACGGCCAGUCCGCGGCCGUCAAGAAGACUGCCGAGGCUGCCGUCAAGGCGCUCAAGGGCGUUGCUGAGAGCGGUGUCUCCCAGGAGGUUUUGGUCAAGGCUAUUGCCAAGGCCAAGUUCACUCUCCUUUCCGGCAGCGAGGUUGGCGGUGUUGGCAUCGUCCACGCCGGUGCCAACCUGAUCCACGGCGGCUCUCCCCUCAAGGUUGCCGAGACUCUCAAGGCUUUCGAGUCUGUUACCGGUGACAAGCUCAAGGCUGCUGCCAAGGCUCUCCUCGAGGGCAAGGCUUCGGUGGCGUCGGUUGGUGACCUCCACGUGCUCCCUUUCGCUGAGGACCUCGGCCUUCAGGUAUAA